CACCGAUUUGGACCGACAUCACCACAUCCCUAACCAACCACUUAUUACAACCAUUCUGAUUGUUUUAGUUGUUUACUUGUUAUCACUAAUUCAAGUUUCUUCUAAUCAACCAACUGGAUCAGAAUCAUCACCCACGGAAUACAGACCAUCCGUGCCGAUCAGAUCAUAGGAUCGUUUCUUUUUUUUCCAUUUCCAUUACGUAAAGGGCCUUGCUUAUAAUAAAACACCGUAUCAUCAAAUAUAUCACUAUUAAAAGUAAAAGUGAUUUGAUUUAAUUUGAUUUAAUUUGAUUUGAUUUAACUACUAAGUGAAUUAUACUAAUUAUAAUUCCUUAUCACCAUCUGUUUGUUUAUAUCUACUACAUUUAUUCAUUAUGUUAAUACUAUAUAAAUCCGUAUGGACUUUAAUAUUGUUCAUAUCAUGGUUAAUAACUCCUACUUUAGCUAAACGAGCCCUUUCAGCAACUUCUUUAGUUACAUGUAUGCAAGGGUCACAAAUUUCUCCUUCAUAUUUUAAUGUUACAUUUAAUCCUGAUGAUAGAUCUUUAACUUAUUCAUUAGAUUUAGCUACAGAAAUUUCUUCUUAUGUUCUUGCUCAUGUUCAAGUUUAUGCUUAUGGAUUCUUAAUCAUUGAAAAAGAUAUUGAUAUGUGUACUUUAGGUUGGAAACAAUUUUGUCCUGUUUAUCCUGGUUCAAUGCAAAUUGAAUCUAUUGAAUAUAUUAGUGAAGAUUAUGUAAAGAUGAUUCCUGGUAUUGCUUAUCAAGUUCCUGAUAUUGAUGCAGUAGUUAAAGUGGUAGUAAGAGAUCGUUCAACUGGUGUUCAAUUAUCAUGUCUUCAAGCUGGAUUUUCUAAUGGGAAAACUAUUAGUCAAACUGGUGCUAAAUGGGCCACGGCCGUUAUUGCUGGUUUAGGAUUAUUAAUUGCUGCUAUAUUAUCAACAUUUGGAAAUUCAAAUGCAGCUUCUCAUAUUUCAGCUAAUGCAGUCUCAUUAUUUCUUUAUUUUCAAAGUGUCGUAUUAGUUUCAAUGCAAAGUGUUGAAAGAGUUCCUCCUAUUGCUAGUGCUUGGGCAGAAAAUUUAGCCUGGUCUAUGGGACUUAUUAAAGUUCAAUUCAUGCAAGAUAUCUUCCGUUGGUAUGUUCAAAGUACUGGUGGAACUCCUACCACAUAUUUCGUUGGUACCACUACUCAAAUCUUAGUUCAAAGAGCUGUUGAUUAUCUUAAUGUACUUCAUGAUCAUGUUAAAAGAUCACUUGAAUUUGGAUUAGAAUCAAAUGCUAAUUUGGUGGUAUUAAGAGGUAUUAAAAGAAUCGGUUAUAAUUCUCAUAUUGAACCUACUUCCAUUGUUGUCACGGGAUUUACAUUCUUUAUACUUAUAGGAUAUUUAUUAGUAUUCAUUUUGGUAAUUAUUAAAUCGGUGCUUGAUUUAUUAAUUAGAUCAGGAAAAUUGAAGUCUAGACCAUUUACUCAUUUCCGAUUAAAUUUCUCGCAAAUCUUAAAGGGAUCAAUAUUGAGAUAUAUUUAUAUUGGAUUUACUCAAUUGAUUGUUUUAUCAUUAUGGGAAUUUGUUCAACGUGAUUCUCCAGCCGUUAUAGUACUUGCAAUUCUUUUCCUUUUAUUACCAUUAAGUGUACUUGCUUAUUCAUAUUAUAAAACCCUUACAUUUGGUAAGAAAUCAAUUCAAAAGCAUAAAAAUCCAGCUGCUAUCUUAUAUGGAGAUGGGAAAUUCUUAAAUAAAUUUGGUUAUUGUUAUACUAUGUUUCAUGCCAAUAAAUAUUGGUUUGGAGUAGUCAUUUUAUCCUAUAACUUUAUUAAAGGGAUCUUUAUUGCUUUUUGUCAAGGUUCAGGUAAAGCUUCUGCUUUAAUCUUAUUUAUUGUGGAUCUUGCUUAUACGGCCUAUUUAAUUUAUGUUGGACCUUAUUUAAAUAAACCAACUAAUAUUCUUAAUUAUUUGAUUUCUAUUGUCACUACUUUGAAUUCAUUUCUUUUCAUAUUCUUUUCUGAUUUAUUUGGUCAACCAGCUUCGGUGGCUUCUAUUAUGGGUUGGGUAUUUUUCAUAUUAAAUGCCGCCUUUUCAUUAAUUCUUUUGGUAUUCAUUAUUGUUUUAAUUGUUAUGAGUAUUAUCUCCAAAAAUCCCGAUGCAAGAUUUGCUCCUGCUAAAGAUGAUAGAUCAUCAUUCCAAAGAAAAUCUUCUAUUAAACAUCGUAGUUUCUUUGGAGAUUCUAAAAAACAAGGUAUAGAAGAAGAAAAACCAGUUAAUACUAAUGGUGAACUUGCUGCUUUAGGAUUGGCUGCUCAAGAUCAUGCUACCGAUUGGGAAGCUCAAAUGUAUAAAUUAAAUGAUUUAUCAGGAGAAGAAACUAGUAAUAAUGAUAUAAUUACUCCAUCAGAUGAUGGUAAUGAAUAUGAAGCUAAAGAAACUUCAGGAGGUGGAUUCUCUCGAUUAAAGAGUAUGGUGGCAAGAAAACUUUCUACAAAAAGACAUAUAGAUUCUGCAAGAGAUACUACUUUAGUAAGUAGUAGUUCUGAUUCCAGUAAUAGAAAAUCAAAUAUCAGAAUGAGUGAUACUUUAAUUCCUAGUAAUGGUGAAGAAGAAGAAGAAGAAAAUAAUGAUGAAUAUGACCACUUUGACGAAUCAAUAAAUCACACAGCUCCUCGUAUGGUGCAGCACAAUAGAAAUGAAUCUAAUUUCUCAUCCAAUUCCAUAAAUAAUGGGCCUACUCAUACUACAAAUAUUGUAUAAGUUAUCCCCUUGCAUUAUGUUGUUGUAAAAACUUGUUUGUAU